AUGCUGCUGAGCAGCAGGAGUGCAGCUCCAGUCUGGAUCAGGAGGGACAAGAACCUCCUCUCAUUAAAGAAGAACCAGAAGAAGAAGAUCUAGACCAAAUCAAAGAAGAGGCCACCCAGUUCUCCCUCACUCCUGUCCAGGUGAAGAGUGAAGAUGAUGGAGCAACCAGCAGCUGGACUCAACACAUGAAGACAGAAGCUGAUGGAGACACCUGUGGAGGAGCAGAAGCAGCCAGUGACUUGGAUACACCACUCCUCCCUGACCACCAGAGGUCGCCUUGUUCUGACUCUGACACUGAUGACAGUGAGGACUGGAGAGACACCAGAGACACUCAGUCAGUUUUGAAGAUUCCAGAGGUUCACGUCAGUGAGAAGAAAGGUGAUGAUCACGAAUCAGUGAUCUGCUCUAAAUGUGGGAAGAAAUGUUCUUCAAAAUCUCGACUGAAUCAACACAUGGAAUACUGCAGGGGACCUUUGACUUGUUCAGUGUGUGGCAAACAUUUUCAAUGGCGACGUGAUCUGAAUCUUCACAUGAGACUUCAUACUGGAGAAACACCUUUCAGCUGCUCUCAGUGUGGUAAAUGUUUUACGCAGAAAGGAAAUCUAAAAAUGCACAUGAGAAGUCACACUGGAGAAAAACCUUUUGAAUGCUCUCAUUGUGGAAAAUGUUUUGCACAGGGUCCUCAACUAACGGCUCACACAAGAAUUCACACUGGAGAAAAACCUUACAGAUGCUCUCAGUGUGGUCAAUGUUUUGUGCUGAGCCAUCACCUGAAGAGACACAUGAGAAUUCACACUGGAGAAAAACCUUACAUCUGCCCUCAGUGUGGUAAAUGUUUUGUGGAGCGCCAAUCCAUGAAGAUACAUUUGAGAAGUCACUCUGGAGAAAAACCUUACAUAUGCUCUCAUUGUGGUAAAUGUUUUACACAGAAAGGGACCCUCAGUACUCACUUCAAAAUUCAUACCAGACAAAAUUCAUUCAGUUGCUCUGAGUGUGGUAAAUCUUUUAUGCUGAGCCAAAGCCUGAAGAGACACAUGAGAUAUCACAAUGGAGAAAAACCUUACAUCUGCUCUCAGUGUGGUAAAGGUUAUGUGCUGAGCCAUUACCUGAAGGUGCACAUGAGAAGUCACACUGGAGAAAAACCUUACAUUUGCUCUCAUUGUGGGCGAGGUUUUUAUGUGAACAGUCACCUGACGACACACAUGAGAAUUCACACUGGCGAAAAUCCUUUCGUUUGCUCUCAGUGCGAUAAAGCUUUUCCUCGGAACGAUUCCCUGAAGAUGCACAUGAGCACGCACACCGGAGAAAAACCAUUCAGAUGCUCUCAGUGUGGUAAAGAUUACAUGCGGAACCGUUCCCUGAAGAAACACAUGACGAGUCACGCUGCAGACUAACCUUUGUCCUGCUCUCACUGUCAGCCUUUUACCUAGAGGGGCGUCUGGGCGUCCUGGGGACAUGCAAAGCAUGGGCGCCGUGUUUUUUCAGCAGGGUGCCCUAGACUUCAGAUUAUUAGUGCCUGUAUUAUGCCCUGCACAUAGUGCCAUCACACUGGCUUCCAUGGAAAGGGUGUCUCCACCGGGUGAUUUGGCUGAAUAUGAUGAAAUUCGACGACUGUUGUUGUCCGGUACCCACCUCAGUCACCUCUCAGGGCCUCAAGAGUCAGGAGCAGAAAGAACUACAGAAGCAGUGGGAUGCAAGCUUUGUUAAAUGACAUCAGAAUUGCAUCAACAUCUGUAGCAGCACAGCGUCAAAUCGUUUAAUGUACACAUUAAAUAGAGACUGGAUCGAGGGCAGUGUUCGUACCAGAUACACAUUAUCGCACACAUACAAGUCCGUAUUUAGUGCUGUAGGCUGCUCGAUUACUGGGAGUGUCAUGUCUACUGAGGAGGGGGACAUUAAGAUGGUGAGGAUGGUGAGCUUUGUCUACUCCUCAGAACCAGACCCUUGGGUCGCCAUGGCAUGAACUUUAGGAAACGCCGGACAUGACACCCAUGGGGAGCCAUCUCUAAAAUGGGAAACUUGGCUGAACAUUCUGUUUGCACCAACAUGAGUGUCACCCCUGAACUGACCAAAUCCAGCAUGAGUGGAUGUCUGUCCAACAAUCUGCUGACACUGGGAAGAGAGUUACCAUUAAACUAACCAUUGCGUAGGUCCCUAACCUACAUAUUCCCGCCUUUGUGGGUUGUAAAUGAUGUGAGACUAUACUGAAUGUAUACUUGGUGAAUAUGAGUGCUGAAGCAAUAUUUUUGAAAUAAAGUGGAACCUGAACACAGACACAGAUUUGAAACACAUGGUUAUGCAAUAAUCCGACAAUGUAUUUUCAUGGGGUUUUUUUCUCCCUGGAAGUUGGUGCUUUUUCAUUUGCUCACCCCAUUUUUGGAUGCAA